UUCCCGCGUCUCUAUUAUUGCCAAUAGUAUAAAGUAGGUGUGGCUAGUAGCUGUGACAAUUUUGGAAGUACUGUACACGUAUGACAACUAUUUGUCGUGUUUGGAGUUACCAACAAGACAUGACUGGUUUCACGAUUAUCAAGAUUCAAUAAGAGCUAUACAUGUGACACUUUAGAAACCGGAAUUUCGUUUGCCAAAACAUAACCAUGGCUGAGAGUAUUGUAGGAGCCAUAUCGGCUCACCUGGAAUGUGCGAUCUGCUACCGUAGAUUCGAAAAUGCGAAAUGCCUCAAAUGCUUGCAUACCUUUUGUGAGAGCUGCAUUAACGGCGUCAUAGACACAGCUGUAGGCUCAGACUCAGACUCAGAUGAUGACUUUAUAGAAAAUCAUGUCCGAUGCCCGGUAUGCCGUGAAGAAACAAAAUGUAGAGCCAAAACCCUGAGACCAAAUCUGCUGGCCAACAAGAUUAUCGAAGAACUAAAACGCCAUGAGGAUUCUGAAUCGACAAAAGAACUUUGUAAGGAGCACGGUGCAGAAAAGAAAUUCUUCUGUGAGAAAUGCGCUGUACUAAUUUGCAGUGAAUGCGCUCUUUGUACCCACGGCAAGCAUACGUUUUUGAUUAAAAAUGUGGAAGAUGCUUCGAAAGCCAAGGUGGAUGGAAUGGUCAAAUUGAUGAGUAAAGCAACGAUGUGGAUGGCGUCUCAUCAAGAAUUCUUUAUGGACUAUACGAAGAAAAAAGUGGAAGGGAAUAAGCGACUAGACGACAUCUCGGAAGCAAUUCAAAUAUCUUCCAGUACUUGCUUAAAACUUCUUACUGAUAUGAUCAAUCGUAAGAAGGAGAAUCUCAUGACAAGGGUCGAAUCCAAUCGAAGUGAUCUCAUCGAGGCCGUAGACAACAUCUUACUGCCUGUGGAGGAAGCAAUUUCAAAUGUCUCUGAUGAAAUCGAAUGUGCUGAAGAACUCUUGGACAGUAGUGACCCGAAGGAAGUGGUUCUUAAAUACAGGGAUUGGGCAAAGCGCCUCCUUCGUGGGAUUGACCAACAAAUUCCUUCUGAUAUGGAUGCAAGGCGUCAAUGUUCCAUGGUUGGGUCUCUGAAGUUCUUCGAAAGCAAUGCACAUAUUCUUGAUGUGCCCCAGCUAGGCGUCCUUGGGGAGCAGGUUCCAGAAAGAAAAGACCAAGAUAAAGAAAUGGCACUUCUGCAACGCCCAACGCAAAGACUUCUUCUCACGCUACGUGUCCAGGUAUGCGGCAGAAUAAAGCUGAUGACACCUUACACGAAUGGCAGCAUCUUGGUUCGUUAUCGAGAUGGCCACAUGGAGGUCAUGAGUCCAGACGGUAGUUGCGGCAGAAUCCGUGGCCCUUCAAUCUCGGCCAGAGACAUGGCUGCAAUGUCCAAUGGCCGGUUCGUCACUUUGACGAAAAGAAACACGGUGAAGAUCUACGGGAAAGGAGGUGAAAGCCAACAGGUCGAGUUUGUGACGAGGGAAGACGACGAAUUCGCAGAUCUAUCGCUACAGAUAUCCACGACAAUGUAUUGCUGCUGUACUCAGGGGUCGCAAGGGUCGUGAGGUUUUCUUCAGAUGGAGGGGAACCUAUGGAUGUCAUCCCCAUCAACUGCGUCGAAUUCAACGUGGUGUUGAGGAUGAGAUCGACAACGAGAGGAAAGAUCGUCAUAGUGCAGAACGAUGGAUUCCUAAUUGCCUGCUCCGAUGAAGGCGGUAUGUAUCGGAAGAUACCUAUCCGAGAGACUGAUAAAGUAUCCUGCGACCAAGAAGGCUACAUGUGGAUGAUAUCUCAUCAGGACAUCCAGGGUACCAAAAGGGCUUUCCUCGAGGUGUAUGGGGAGAAUGGUGAUCGCAUUGUGGAUACUUACCUGCCGAAUGACUCCGCGGCUCCAGAGUUUGAGCCUUGGGGCAUCGCUGCUUCAACAAACUGCUUUGCUGCUGUCCUAUCACCUAAUGAAGUUGGCUGGUUUAUCCGCGAAAUGUAAUGCCGAAAUAAAAUACUGUACUAUCCAGCAGUGUGCAAGAUAUAGACAAUCCUUUGGACUUUUACUUAGCAUCGUUUCUUUCUUUUCUCUCUGGACAUUAUCAGAUUAUGCUAUGUUGGAAAUGACCGUUUGUAUUUUGGCCACUGGAAUUUUAGCUAUUAGCACCUGUCUAGCUUGGUCUCGAAUACAAGUAUGACUACCCCAAGUGGGAGAGUGUGCUGGAGACAUACAAGCAUGAUAAUGAUCCAAUGUUAAAAGUCGCAUUAAGGCGAGCAGUAAGAACAUGCAGGGAAGAGUGUUAGGUUUAAACCUUUAGAAUACUAAAUAGCAAUGUUUUAGUCUCUUUUUUCAUUUGUACAUGUAUUAUUCUUAAUAAUAGGCUACCUUUACCAGUACCAGUACUUUUACCGAUACUAUUACUAUUCAUAUUACCAUUUCUAUUAUCAUUUCUCUUACCGAUACGA